CCGCCGCCCGCCGAGAGCGGGCCGCCCGUGCCGACGCAGCAGGGCCCCUUCGCCCCGCCGCCGCGCGCCGACGCCAGGCAGCCCGUGCCGCAGACCACCAUGCCGCCAUGCCCCGGCGCCCCCGCGGCGCCGGAGCCCGCGGCCGCCGGUGGGCCGCCGCCGGGGGCGUCCGAGGGGAUGGAGGAGGUGCUGAGAUGGGCGCAGCCCUUCCUGCAGCUCGCCGGGGAGCUCGAGCCCGAGGAACCCGUGGCGGCGUACUUCUGCCGCACGCACGCGCUCGAGGCCCUGGUCCCCGCCCUCGUCCGGGCGAGGAAGGUGGGGGUGGUCCACGGCGAGGCACAGGUCCUCGCGGAGCUGGAGCUGGCGGAGGGCCAGAAACGGCGGCUGGAUCUUUCUGGCGGCCACGGGGCGGUGCAGCGCUCAGCCUUGCGCGCGUUCCAGGAGGCCCAGGAUGCGGACGGCGCGGGCGCGGGCGAUGCUGCCGACAGGCUGCUCGCCGCGGGCUGCCGCCUGGACGUGCUGGCCCAGUUCCACGACGGCGUCCCGCCGCCAGCCGCCACGGCGAGGGCGCAGUACGCCAGGGCCCGGGCGGUGCACCUGCGGCGGUGCCGGCGCGAGGGGGCGAGCGCCGGGCGCCCAGCGCCGCCGGCGUUCGCGCCGCUGCGGGGCGCCGAGGAGGCGGAGGAGCGGGAGAGGGCGAAGCUGGCGCUCGCGAGGGCGGAGGCGGAGGCCCAGGCGUUGGCCGAGGAGCGGCGGCGGCUCGAGCUUGCGCAGGCCCAGGCGCAGGCGCAGGCGUUGGCCGACGAGCGGCGACGGCUCGAGCUCGCGCAGGCCCAGGCGCAGGCGCAGGCG